AAGACCCACCACGGUGUCCUCCUGAUGUCCCGCCUCUUCUCUCGCGACGGCAGGCUCAAUCUACAGGGAGACUGGGGAAGACCAUAGACGAUGCUCGCGGCGAGGACGUUUCGAUCGUUCUCGAGCAGCGUACGGCGAGCAACACGCGGAGUUUCGUCUCGCGUCCGUCCGCAGGUUGCAGCCUCCGGACAGCCAUGGACCGCUGGUAUAAUCACUGCAGGCGUGGUAAUCGGGUCAUAUGCUGGGUAUACAAUACUGAACCCUGUGAGGCUUGAUGCCCCCGAUAGAAAGGCUCCGAAGCCUAGCGAAGCAGCCCCUCGACACAUACCGUACGAGGAGGUGCAGAAGCACAAUACGCGGGAGAGCUGCUGGGUCAUCAUCGACGGUCAGGUCUACGACGCAACCUCCGUGCUCGAAUGGCAUCCAGGAGGCGCUGCAGUCAUCUUGAGGAAUGCUGGAAAGGAUGCAACCAAAGCUUUCGUUCCCAUCCACCCUCCGAACACGCUGCAACACCUCCCCAUGGAGGCUCACAUCGGACCUGUCGACCCCGCCACGAUACCCGAGGACGCGAAUAAACCUACGGAGGACGAGAUCCGCGUAGCGGAAGCCAGGCAGAACCUCCCUCCUCCGUCUGCUGCCAUUAACCUGCAUGAUAUCGAGAUCUUGGCGGAGAAGGUCCUCACACGCACAGCUUGGGCCUACUACCGUUCGACCGCGGACGAUGAAGCGACGUACUUUGAGAACAGCAACGCGUUCAAACGGUUCUGGUUCCGGCCCAGAGUUAUGAACAAGGUAUCCCAGAUCUCGACAGCGACCACGCUCUUCGGUAUUCCCAGCUCUCUCCCGAUCUUCAUCUGCCCCGCCGCGCUCUAUCGGCUGGGUCAUCCCGACGGCGAAAUGAACGCGGUGCGCGCUGCCGGCCAAGAAGGGAUCAUCCAGGGUAUCUCGAACAACGCGAGCUGCUCGACGGAGGAGUGCGUGUCCGCCAAGCUGCCGGGGCAGGGACUCGUCUUCCAGCUGUACCUGAACAAGGACCGGAGGGCAUCAGAGGCGCUCGUGAAGAAGAUCGAGGCGCAGGGGUUCAAGGCGAUAAUGCUCACGGUGGACUCGGCCGUGCCUGGGAAGCGCGAGCUUGACCAGAGGGCGAAGGGCGAGGAUUUCAACGAUGGGCCGUCAACGUUCGGGAAGUCAGAGAGUAGCGGCCUGGGCGUGGCGCAUGCGAUCUCUGGAUACCAGGAUCCCGACAUUCUCUGGGACGACAUUCCAUGGCUACGUCGUAUCACCAAACUGCCGAUCAUCAUCAAGGGUGUCCAAUGCGUUGAGGAUGCAGAGAAGGCCUUCGAGGAGUACGGUGUGAAGGCCAUCAUCCUAUCGAAUCACGGCGGACGAGAGCUGGAUUACUCUCCUGCUCCCAUGACUAUCCUGUACGAGCUCUACCAACGACGCCCGGACCUCCUGAAGAAGAACGAAGUCUACAUCGACGGCGGCGUGCGCCGCGGGACGGACGUGCUCAAGGCGCUCUGCCUCGGCGCGCGGGGGUCGGCCUCGGGCGGCCGUUCCUUCAUGCGCGAGGAGAUCGAGACGGGGAUGCGGUUGUUGGGCGUGACGAGUCUUGACCAGCUUAGACCGGAGUUGCUGAGCUAUAUGGAUAAGAGGCUCGGACAGCCCGAGCGACGGUCGAAUAGAUCAUAACAUUACGUGUCACGGAGAUCCUAGAGUUGUUGCUUCAUAUAUUCUGUUCAUACGAAGUACUCACCACUGCCACGGGAAAGGCUCGUCAUCACAAACAGAAAUGUGAAGUGGCGGCUAGGGAGCUCGUUGUAUACUCAAACCUGGUUAUCGCCCUCGUACUGCGCCUCCGUUGCAUACCCCGUGUACGAAAGUGAGG